AUGGGUGAGGACUGGUGCUUCGUGGACUCGUUCGGGCAUGCUCGUGACGAAGACACGACGUUGGCCUGGCGGUCACGGCUCGUGCCACUGGUCAAAGAUCUGUGGGUCAGCGCUUUUGGUGACUUUGACAACCGGAAGUCCUCGACCCCGGGAGCUGCAAGAGUUCGCAAGGUGGACCCCUCUGGGUCAGUGGAAAUCGAAUUCAUGGAGCCUCAAGAGGACUUCUGCAUAGGCGGAGCUCCACCAUCUGCCCUCGCUUGCACACAGUGCUCGCAGAAGCUUGGCGCUUCGCAGGACGAAGUUCACACAAUCCCUUUUGCGUGGAUUGAGGCUGUUUGGGUGGCAGAUGGCAAGAGCUACCUCAAGGGCACUCCACUGGCAUCUCACAUCGAAGAGAAGCAGGCACGUCUCGAGCGCCCGAGAGGCUCCAGUGCGCUUUUGCAGAUCGAUGGCGAUGAGACACUGAAGGUCGGUGACAAGCAGUGGAUCGAUGUGGUCGCCUCCAAAGCAGCCGUCUCCAAAGUGCAGCUGACAGCGCAUGAGAUUGUCGGCUUGCGGGCUGAGAUUGGCUACGAAGUUUCUGUCCAAGCGCUGACAAAGGGUGGCUGGACAGAUUGGAGCACACCGGGCUCCAUACAGAUGCCCAGGAUCGGCUACGAGCAGGAGCAGCUCGUGAGCGAGCGGAAGGCCAACGCUUUGUACCGAGCAGAUCUACUCCCACAGGCAGCGUACAAGGAGUACGAAAGGUGCUGGGAUUCAGUGGAGGAGUGCCUCACCGCUGAUCGGCUGGAGCGCAUCCAACAGGUUCUCAAUGCCAAGAAGGACCUCGCUCAAGAGUUCGACCUUGAGCUUUCUAGAUGGCUUGUCGACAUGGAGGGCCCAAUCCGGGAAAGCUCCCGAAUGCUCGAGGCGGAAGCCCGGGUUCUCCUGCGAGAUCUAGUCAGCAGAAAGGCCAACUUGAACUAUAGAGAUCAGGCCACAGGUCGCGUGGCCCUGACCUACGCCUGCGAGUAUGGGUGGAAGGUGAAGCCUGGCAUCAUUGAGGAGCUUUUGCAACUCCGUGCCGACGUGGACUCGAUGAAUGAUGCUCGAAACACGGCACUGGGAAUUGCUGCUUCUGGUGGGCACGAGACCAUUGUCGAGGUGCUGCUGCAGCACAAAGCGGACGCGACUGUUGUCAGCUUGCAGGGUGAGACAGCCCUCCUGCGAGCUCGAACCUUCCGAGGUAUGACCACUGCGAAGAUUCAAGGCAUCAACCGGUGCAGGGAGCUGCUGCGGCAAAGCCGGCUGCCGUGGGAGAGCUUCGAGGCUGCCGUGGCGAAUUUGGCUGAUGAUCCUCCAGCAGCUGCGAGGGCCUUCCUGGAGCUAGCGUUUCCUGGUGGGUCCGGCACCAUGUUCGUGGCCGACAAGGAGGGCAAGAGGAUCUCUAAACAUGACAAGCUCCGGCUCUACGAGCAGAUCUGCGAGAUGCGCGAUGACGGUGGCUUUGAAGAGGCUGAAAGACGCGGUCGGUUCUGUGCCGAAAAGCUGCUCCUUCCACAGGUGCGCGCUGCUUCGCUACAGCAACCGCCAAACAAAGAGUGCAACUACUUUGCGCGCUACCUGCUCCAUAGUGGAAUCAUCAGGUGGUGUUUGCCAGAGGCAAAGAAGCUGGCUGCAGAGCUCCUGGCACACUAUGCUCAGGAGCUGCAAACGCGGAGAUUAGCCCUGAAGAAGCUGCCCAAGCUUACGCAGGAGGCAGAGCUCUUUCUGGGCAGUAGGCCCAAGUUUGCUGGCCGGUCUCUGCACCAGUGGCACGCACAUGAUGAUCUGCCAUGGCUCACGCAGCAGAAUGUGGUUGGCACCUUUGAGGCUUUGGUGCACUGCGGCGCAGUUGUGAGCAUGGAGGACAGACCAAAUGUUGUGGGCCUUGCAGCAUGA